CAUUCCAGAAGCAGAUGUGUGGAUUCACUGCAGGAUCAACUGGUAUUGUGAACUGUGAGUUUUGAGAAGCAGAAUAGAGAAGUGAGCGAGUGAUGGGGCUGUAAACGAAACUGCUCUCAUCACGCGAGGAGGAAGUCGCACCACAAGCACAGAUGGGACUAAGCUAUUGUUUGAAGGCUUCCUGCAGAAAAGAAAGGAUACUAUGAAAAUAAGGUGGCUGACGUAUUGGUUCAGACUUCAAAACACAACCUUGUUCUUCUAUACCAAGAAGAACGGCAGUGCUUCACACUUGAGAGGCAAUUACUACAUUUACACAGUGCAGUCAGUGCGAGAGGUCCAGAGGGCCGACAGCAGCCGCUUCAUGUUUGAGAUUAUCAUGAAAAAUGGAAAGAGAAAAAUGUUGGCUGCAGAGACGGCAGCUCUCAGAAAAGAGUGGGUAGGACAACUGUGGCAAGCCAUGCAUCUCUCUGCCUCUCGGAUCUCAAUGCAGUGCAGCGACGCAGACCUCGAGGAGUGCGAGCAGCCAGACAGACAGAGCAGCAGCACAUCCGUCUGCUCAUACAGCGACGGUGUGAUGGAGUCUCCUCCGGCUCGGCCCCUGUCCGCCCCCAGUCCAUCAACCCACACCCACCGUGAAACCAGGAGCGUCCCCUCGGCCCUCUCCCCUCGUCUCCCCCUCUACCAGGAGCUGAACAGUGAAGAGGCCGUGUACGAAAACACACUAUUAGCCCUGGACUACCGGCAUCAAAAUGGUGACCGCCUCCAAGAUCCUCCGUGGUCCUGUGGGUGGAGUCGUGCACAGGACACACAAGAGGGAGACUAUGAUGUUUUACCACCUAGAAACAAGGUAUGCAAGAUCGACAUUUCAACACAGAUGGACGAGGGCGUGUACGACACUCCUCUGUCUUACAGGAUGUCUACUGGAACCCAGGACCCAGCAGAGGGCAUCUAUGACCUACCAAGGUCUCUUUUGAGGGCGACUCCUGAUCGCACAACAGAUGGGCCGCAUGAGGAGGGAGCGUGCUGGACGAUAUGAUGUCCGGUUUGCAGUCGACCCGUGUUGGACAAGAGGGAACAAUUCUUUGUACAUGAGACUCUUGCAGCUUAACAUUUUCAUCUUUGUGUUUUAAGUUUAAGCAACAAUGUUUUUAUUUAUGCAACUUCACCUUUGCAGGUGAGAUAACGUGCACAACACAACAAAGAGGUUCCACUGUAGUUUUUAUUUCAUCUCCGUCUCUAGAAGCAGAGAACUUCACGGCCAUUUAUAGCUACAGAGAACACACUGUACAGAAAUGUCUACACAUAUGCACUGUGGGUCAGCAACAGCAUCGUUCACAACAGUAAAAUGACUGUCACCUGGUUCACAGUUUAAAAGUAUCCACCACCAACACUGAUAUUGCUGUACUCCACAUUUUGGACUUGUUUUAAUGGGAAUGGCUGUAGUUGAACCCUUUAUGGGUUUAAUGGAAUAUAAAUACACGUCAAGAUACACAAUCUGACGACAAUAAAGUUUAGGCAUGCUAUUAUCCUUUUUAUGAGAACAUUUAUUCAUCGUCUUAAAUUUAUUUGAAUUUUACUUCUCUUUAAAAAAAAAAUUCUGUGGGUAUGAAUAUUGCAGAACCUCUGAAUCUACACAAAUGUAAAGUAAAUGUAGUGAGUGACUGGUCAAAUAGUGGCUGUUUUUUGUUUUGUUUUAACCAUAAACUCUUGAGCUGGUGAAUGCUGUGAAGAUGUUUAUACACAGAAAAUAUUUUCUUCUAAUAUACGCGUCACAUCCAAAAACUACACUCCCUCUACAACACUGCAAUUGCGGAGAAGAAUUAAACAGACGCCCCAUAUCACAUUACAGUACAUACAUAAAGUUGCAGUAAUCAGACAAAAAUAAUAUAGUAGUGCAAAUAUUGAGAUGAAAGGAAAAACAACCAAAAAAAAAAAAGGCCUAUGGUACAAGCAAUGCAUAAAAGUGAUUUGUGCAUCCUUAAUAUGUUUCUUCACAAAAGAAAUCUACUAUAAGAAAAUAAAAAAUAAAAAUUUGGACAUCAAAUUAGCAGAGAAUUAAUCUGCUCCAAUGGGCAGAGGCUUUAGAUUGGAUCAAUUCUGCGAUGUCAUCUUUGUCAGUUAGCAAAACACUAGUAAUCAUUUUUGGUUCAUAGUAGUUAUACACACUCAUGCGACACAAAAAGUCUAAAAAGAAAAAAGGCUGUGGAAGCGCCACUCAGCAAGUUGAUCUAAACUUUAAGGUGUUAUUUUUUUUAUUUGUGUUCACCUUCACUGACGUCUUUGCUUUACAGUUCAAUUAACAACUAACCUUAACUGUUUAGAUCGAUGCAUUGAUGCUACGCAGUCAAUAAACUAUGAUUGAGAACAAAAAGAAGACGCAUAAGUUGAGUAAAGCUGAGUGUAUGUUGUCAGUCUUUUACAGUACAUAUUUCACAUCUCAUCACCACUGUUCUAUUUGAAAAGCAGCAGCAGUGCCAGAGGAGGAAACUGAUGCUUUAUUACUGAUAUCCAAAUUUUGAAUCCGAGUCUUAAGAGCUGGCAAAUUAAAAGUUUCCCCUCAGCCACAUUUUAUCUGGCAAUCGGAUGUUGAACAUGGGAUGUAGUGAUGAGUUCAGAAUGACACUUAACUAUCUGCUUUGUGGCUGGUGGAGCAAGUCCGUCUUACCGCCAACUGGAAAGUUAGUUGAAGUAAAGUGACUCGGAGUUGAGCGUCAUAAUUGGAAUCAGCCCUGGGCUUGGGACUGUUCCCUGAGAAACUCUUCCAGGACGGUGAUGAUGCUGCAGGCUUCAGGCAGGUCGCUGUGCUCCGCCCGGGCAUUCUGCAGCAACACGUCCCCGUUUCCGCAGCCCUGCAGGAACUGGCAGCAGCGGAACAGGGCGUAGUGACUCAUUUCCGCCUGCCGCACAAAUCGCUUCAGGCUGUUCAUAUCCUGGAUGGCCUGGUGGUGGUGGAUAGAGACAGACAGAGACAGAAGAGUUAAUAAUAAUAAUAAAAAAAUCCUUGUUUGAAGAAACCGGAGCAAAGAGUCUAGCUGCGCCGGCCGCUAUGUUAUAUUUAUGUUUAUAUUUGUUUAUUUGAGUGUUUUCCAUGGUUGUGUUGACUUUCCUUUUCCCUGUCUGCCUAAAAUCAGAGGAAGGUUAAGUUUAAAAUAAAAAUGUUUAAAUGUAGUA